UUUCGGUUUGAUAUGAACUCCCACCCAAAGCAAGAACAUGUUUGAUUGUAUAUGGUAUGCUUCAGUUAUUUUAUGCCAUCCAGUUAUUUUAGAUUGUAUAUGAUUUUUUACAGCUGUGUGAUUAGUAUUUUCAGAUAUGUAGACGACAUUGUGUAGAAAUUUAAUUUAAGUUUGCCAGUGUAUUUUGUUUUCUACAGCUUUUACAAAAAAGUAGUGAUAAAACCGACGGGUCCCUGCGACGUAUUAAAUUCUUAUACCAACUUAGUAGCAAUAUGGUGGUGCUACUGGGCAGGCAUUUGGUUAACUCGCUUAUUAGUUUACUACUAUUACUAAUAAGUUGAAGAAUAAAACAAAUGUACUGCAGAGUAUAAUAACUGCACAUUAAGUUCUAAAAUUUUUACCAUCCACUCAUUUUUUUUGUUUCUUUGGUUGAAGUGGUAAUUGAUAAAUUAUAUUAGAAAAGAAGAAGCGUUCGCUGUAAAAUCUUUUAAACCUUUACAGUAGCAGUGAUACAACUAAAAUGCAAAGUCAAGAGUUAAAAAUAAAAUGUAAUGCCAAAACGCAUUAGAUCGUUGACCGAUUGGCAAAUGGAAUUGGCGGUGCUGAUGUUACUAAUCUUCAUUAAAAUUUGUUAAAGAGAUUGAAAACCAAGUUGUAAAAAUGGUUAUUAGCUAGUUACAAAAAAAGGGUUAGUAGCUAUUUACCUUCACGCCAUACGUAGUAAACAAUUGAUUUCACCACAUUGUCUUGAAAUCUGACAGAGAGUUGAAAGGAUGACCUCGACCUGAUACGAAGCUGUUCUUAAACGUACGGGAUCUUCGUAGUAUAUUCAUGUGUUUGGUUCUAACGUACAACUUACAAGUUACGACAUACAACACAUUUGAUUUUGAAUUUUUUUCUCCUUACGACACUUUCUCACUUAUGAAUUUCACAUAAAGACACACGUGGCUGGAAGCACACUUUCUUAAUAUGCAAUGUCUUUCAUGCCCUCAAAUAACACUCAACUAUAUUAUCUUUUAACUCUAACUAACUAGUCACUGUCCCAACUCUAGCUAAGCGAUAUAUCAUAAAAUAAUAUGUAAGAAAGUAAUUCAAUAAUCGAACCACCCUCUCUCUCCAACAUCACUUUUGAAUUCCAGAUCUACUUUUCCAAUUCGCUUACCCUAAUUUCGCGACCUACCCUCUCUUUCUUCUUCACCCAGAAUACUCACAGCUUGUUUUGAUUAUGUAAUUUCCUCCACAUAAAAUUCCUUAUCAUUUCUCAUCUUAUUGAACAAUACCCUUUUCCUCUCUCUAAUCAACCAUGACGAAACCAAAGUUGAAGAAGAAAGAGAAAAGUACUAGGUAACCAAACCCACCGCAAAAGGAAAUCGGAGGUUAGGCUUUCUUCCACUUCGUACUCGUUAUUUUUGUUAGAAAUUAGAGUUUUUUCAGAUCCCUCCCAGAUUUCGGUUCACAUCGUUAAUUAAUUUGAGAACCUUCUUUUGAAUACAGGAACACGACUUUCGUCUCCCGCCGAGACUAUUUGUAACUGAUAGAUUCUCCACUAGGAGUUUGAACAUCUACUCCUCGCCGGAGAUUAUACCAUUCAUACGGCAUGUUCUCCGAGAUACUCCCGAAUUCAAAACCAUUCGUCAGUCUUGUUUCGGAAAGCUUUUUGACCUCCUUUCCUGGAAAUACCCAGUAUCGUGUAAGCUCAUUCAUGGACGACUCGCCACCUUCCACUCCUCCUGCGGUAAGCUCCCCUGCUCUCAACCCCAUCAUCCACACACCAACUGUUCAUGAAUCACCUGACCACAAUUCUCGCACUGUCCACACAUCUCCUGACCACAGUUCUGAGAGUGUUCAGGUUUCUCCGGUUUAUAUAACAACCAUACAUCACCCACCGGAGGACACUCCGAUGAUCACUACUAACUAGAAUACCCAAACAAUCAGCCUUCAGACGAUCUACAACAGACUCCAACACCAGUUAGCGUGCAACCUCCUUACCACGAACGCCACUAUGAUUCAAGUGAUAACUUUGUUCCACUUUGCAAAAUGGCAUUUAAUUAUGUGUUUAGUAUCAUCACUCGUUUCUUGUACCACUACCACUUACAUCCGACGUUGUCGGCAACAAUAUUUUUUUGUUAAAGGAAACAAGACAACAACACGUCCUGUAAACACACUCAUUCUCUUCUAAAAAUCAGCUGAAACUAAAAUAAGUGUCCCCAUCCACACAAACUUUUAUGUCCAUAAUUUUCGCGUCCACAUCCAUAUUUUUGACUUACACUAUAUACUAACUAUUUAUUAAAAUAAUUUUAGCUAUUAAAUUCAGAAAAAAAUCAAACAUAUACGAAAGACUCUCUUAAACGAUGAGAUUAAAAAGAUCUAAUAGGAUUUUAUUUAGAAUAAUCAACAUAAAUUUACCUUUCUCCGGUCUCAAAAAGCAGUGAAACCCCACAUUUAUUUUCAAAACUUAGAUCUUUCAAACACAAAAGCCUUUCACUUUUAGAUCUUUUGUCAUCCAACGGAUGUCAAUGGUCUCUUUUACCUAUAUACGUACCUUAAUAAUUCCUCCCAAAAAACAAAAAAAAAAUCAUAAUAAGUUUGGUCCCCACUAACCAGACAAAAUUAAAAAAAGGAAUAAUAUUCUAACGAGCUUCAUGUCUUCGUUCACCCAAUGAGAGGUAAAUUGGUCCGAAAUCUGCUGAGUCAUGAGAAUAAGUAUACCUCCAGCAACAUGUGUCUUAAUCUGUCAAAAACGUAAAAAAUGUGUCCCAUAAUGAAACACACUCUUUGAUUUUCCUUACAAAUUUUAAAAAUAUACCGCCGAAAACUUUUUUUUUUUGACAAAAACGCACCCCGCGGGAAAGACAAUUUGGUGAAUAGCCAAUAUGGGGGAGUUUAAUUAAGAGUAUAGAUAUGUCCAUUGUAUAUUAAUUGAUAGUCAUUACAGUAUUUUUUUUGUAGCCACGUGCCAUUAUUAAAAAAAUAUGUUGGUCCAUCAAACAUAUAUUAUAUUUUUUUAUUAAACUACUUAAUAAAUUGAUUAGUAGUGUACAAAAAAUAUUCUCCAUUAUUUUUUUUAAAUAAAAACCUAUAAAAUUAUGUAAUAUGGUUAACAUAAAUAAAUCUACAGCAAAAAAUUAAAGCCACAGCAAAAAGAAAUUUACAUCCUAGUUUCUAAAACAAAAAAAAAAAUAAAGCUACAGUUCUUCUCAAUUAACCCCCUGAGAUAAUAAUAUGUAGAGAUAUAUAUGUGAAGAAUGAUGUUUAAGAGCAUAACGCAUCUAAAAGGGGUGACUUGUAUUAAAACGAGAAAUCAACCGUUAGAAUAAUUUUUUUUAAAAUAGUGUUAUUAGACUUGUUAUUUUAUAAACUAUUUUAAAAUGUAUUGUUAUUGAAAAUAUUGGAAUUUGAAAAUUUGUAGUUAUUUAAAGUAUUCUAAUGGAGUUCUUAGUUAAAAAAAUAAAAAUCUCAUAGUUUUAAUAAGUUUCCCUAGUGAUUUAAUUAAAACUAGAUUCUGAUCCGCCCUUAAAAAGUGCGGGUAUAUUUUUUGUUUUACAUCUUUUUAGGUCUUUUCAAUUGGUAAUUUAAAUAUAGGUCUAAUGGCAUAAAACAUAAUAAAUAAUUUUCUAAAUAAUGAUAAAGAUAAAAUAAAUAAUAGUUGGAUCAUACUUUUAUCAAUGGGUCACACUGCUAUUUUAAUAGAAUAGAUCAUUUAAAUUUUUACUAAAAACCAAAUGAAGUCAAAUUCUAAAUUGAACACACCCUUUAAAAUUUUGGUUCAGUUUUUAUUUUAAGAUUAUCUUUUAGUUAUAUAAUUUUAAAUUUUAAAGCGCAGUACGUACCUUUUGCUUUGGGCUAGUUUACUCUGUAACAUUAAAUGUGUUCACUUACCGGAUCGGACAUAUAAAAAAACAUAGUACUUUUAUUUGAGUAACUCUCAUAGAUUCUCGUGGAUGGAGUACAAGCACAAAACAAACUUUGGCAGCUUUGAAAGCGCGGUAACCCAAAGAUUCGAAUCUUAAAUAUAAGAUUAGGGGGACAUAUAAUCUCAAAACACACAAAAAUGUUCACAAAAUAUUAAUCCCUUAACGGCUGUGUUUUUUCUCCUUUCCUCUGUUUUCUACUAUUUAUCUAUUUCCGAUGUCUAAUAACAAGCAAACUUCAAGAUCUAAUUUGUCAAGACAAAAAAUGGUCCUAGUUGAGGAGCUCUCCUACGUACCAACAUCACAUGGAGAAGACGAUGAUGUAUCCUCUUAUGAUGAUGAUGACGAUUCAUUAACCCCAUCUAUAGUCUUCGACCAAAUCAUGGGACCCACAGUGAUGCUUGCAUCCCACGAGCACCCUUUCUACAUACACGGUAGCAGCAACGGUCACUGCGACGGAUGUCCAGAACGUAGAGACAACGGUUUCUUUGGCUACAGCUGCCCUACCUGCGACUUGACCGUCCACAAAGAAUGUGCUGAGUCAUCGCCAGAGAUUAACCAUCCUUCUCACCAGAGACAUCCUCUCACGCUCUUCAAACAUGGCCUACCACUAGCUGCCGCAGACGAUAAGUGUCGUCUAUGUGGAGAAAAGCUUGGAAAAUUAGUAUACCAUUGCUCCAUAUGUGAUUUCAGCAUAGAUCUUUAUUGUGCGCGAAAUCCGCUUGAGUUAGUCGUUCACUACCCCAAAGGUCAUGAACAUAUCCUCACUCUCAUGCCAAGGCUCAUACGCUUCACUUGCAAUGCAUGUGGUCUUGAAUCCGACCGAUCUCCUUACGUUUGUCCUCAGUGUGAUUUCAUGAUCCAUGAAGACUGUAUCUACUUGCCGCGCGUCAUAAGCAUUAUACGUCAUAGACAUCGCAUCUCUCGCACUUAUUUUCUCGGCUCUGGAGAUUGGACUUGUGGAGUUUGUCGAAGAAGAGUUGACGGGAGAUAUGGGGCGUAUUGCUGCUCUAUUUGUCCAGACUACGCGGUUCAUUCAAAAUGCGCCACGAGAAGUGAUGUGUGGGAUGGGCGAGAGCUUGAGGACGAGCCAGAAGAAAAUGAUGAAUGCGAAGAGCCCUUUUGGGUUGUGACUGACGGGGUGAUAAAUCACUUUAGCCAUCGAGAACACGAUCUACGACUUGAGGAUGGUCUUGCUAAUAUCCAUGGCGAGCACACUCGUUGUAAAGCAUGCGUUCGUCCUGUCUAUUCUAACUCAUUCUACAACUGUAUGCAUUGUGAUGAUUUCGUUCUGCAUGAAACAUGUGCUAACCUUCCUCGAAAGCAACGACAUGUGCUUCACAAUCAUCAACUUACUUUGUACAAUGAUGAUAGCAUAGUCAUGGACUUCCCAAGUACUCGUGGAAUAUUCUUAUGCUCUGCUUGCGACCGACUAUGCAGUGGUUUCAGGUAUGAAUGUUGCAAUAUCAAGUUAGAUGUACGAUGCGGUUCAAUAUCCGAACCAUUCUUCUACGAAUGCCAUCCGCAUCCUCUGUUCCAAACUUCAAUAGGUAGCAAGAUAUGUGUGGUUUGCAAGCAAGAGUCGGUUUAUGUUCUUUCUUGUAUGGACUGCGAUUUUGUUUUAGAUUUCAAGUGUGCUACCUUACCAAAUAGGGUAAGGUACAAAUACGAUAAGAAGCCUCUCAGUUUAUGCUACGAUGGAGACAAGGACGUGACAGGUAGCUACUGGUGCGAGAUAUGCGAGGGAGAAAUGGAUCAAAAGAUAAUGUUCUACACUUGCGAAAGUUAUGGCUCGACUAUUGAUAUUCACUGCGUACUCGGAGACUUCAGGUAUGUGAAGCCUCGACUGCAGUUUGAGUUCAAUGGAAAAAAAUGGAAAGUGGCUUUAAAUGGUAUAAAUCGACCAGGAUGUUACAAGUGUGGCUUUCGUUGCAAAGGACCUUUUGUUGCAGUAAGGGUAGGCUAUGAUAAUGGUGUUGUUUGUUCUCUUUCAUGUUUAUGGAAAGGAGAUACUUUCGAAUUUAUAAGAAGAAUAGACUAAAUGAUAUUCUCUA